AUGUCACGAAGAUCCACUAGAAGGAAUUAUAGUGAGCGAGUUGGUUCUCAGACCGAAGACGAGGUGGUAGAUGGCACACAACUUACACUUCUACCCAAUGGAGAUGACGACGAAGUAGAUGAAGAAGAUGAACUAGAGGUGACCAGAUGCGUAUGUGGGAACGAUGAUUUAAAUUCGGACACCAUUAACCCAGCAAUGGCAAGCUUGUUGCAGGCUGAGUAUCAAAUAAAGGUUGAUCAGGGUUUAUUUAUCCAGUGUGAUAAAUGUUCAGUCUGGCAACAUGGAUACUGUGUUGGGUUAUUCACUAAUGAUGAUGUGCCUGAUAAGUAUUGGUGUGAGCUAUGUAAACCAGACUUACACAUAUUUAUUCACGAGUCCAGUGACAGUAACAGAACCCUAUACAGACCCGUGAAUGAAAAACGGAAGAAGCUCAUUGCCGAGAAUGACAAGUUCACCAAAAGAAAAUUCACGAGGAAAGAUAGAAGAAGUUACGAUUAUGAUGAGCAACUUCAGAAAGCAUUAAGAGAAAGUGCCAAAGAAAGUGGGAUACCAAUUGAGGAACAGACGAGAAGGAAUGAACGAUCAAGAGAAUCCAACGAGACCAAUAAUGAAAUAGGUGAUGAAGAAGAUGAGGUUGAAGGCGAAGAAGAAGGUGAAGAGGAUGAUGAGAAUUCUGAAAUAAAGAAGGAGGCAGCCAAGAAGAAAUCCUUAAAGAGAGCUAAAAGAAAAGAGGGUAGCAGAGCUAAACCUAAGAAACAAAAGACUGAUUCCAACAAUAGCAAUGGUUCAGGCUUGUCGAAAGAAGAGUUGAUCAACCAAUCCUCCAAACCAAGAUUUGUCAAUGAUAAAUCAAGCAUAUAUGAAUUAAGGAAAAGAAUCAGUGCCAUAUUAGAAUGGUUAAGCAGAUCACAAUUAGAACUCGGAGACGAAAAAGAAUUGAAGAGUAGCAUGACUAAUGAUGUUACGUUGAUUGAAAAUUACGAAGAGAACUUGGGCUUAAUGCAAUCGUUGACUGUCAAGAUUUUGAAUUGGGAAGAAAAGUAUGGAAAGUAUGCUCCUUAA